GUGUGGUGCAAUAAGAUUAUUGAGAGCGAAAAAAUCGUUUUUUUUUUUAAUUGAGGAAAUGGACGCGAUUGGGAGUGGGUUUUGCGGGUUCUGGAAGUUUAAUACGUCGCCGGAUUCUCGACGGCGUCGUAUUCGCUCCAACUCGGUUUCGCCUGGUUCCGCUGCCGGAGGUGGUUUCCAGUUCCCGGUGAAACAGGCGUUAACCGCCGCCUCCCUCGCCCUUACUGGUGACACAAUCGCUCAAUUCAGGAACCGUUGGAGCAAAGCCAAAGAGGAUGACGAAAAUGCCUCUCAGGAUGUAUUGUCGAGGCUCCUUUCAGAUCAUGAUUGGCUACGUGCUUUGCGAAUGACUUCCUAUGGAUUCCUUUUCUAUGGCCCUGGUUCUUAUGCCUGGUACCAGUUGCUUGACCACUGUCUCCCCAAACCAACUGUCCAGAACCUAAUGCUAAAGGUUUUGCUAAACCAGAUUGUGUUGGGUCCAUGUGUCAUUGCUGUUGUGUUUGCAUGGAACAAUUUAUGGCAACAGAAGCUCUCAGAGCUUCCUGAAAAAUACACAAGAGAUGCUCUUCCAACUUUACUUUAUGGGUUUAGAUUCUGGAUUCCUGUCAGUGUAUUAAAUUUCUGGGUAGUGCCUCUUCCAGCUCGAGUGGCGUUCAUGUCAAUGGGCUCCAUAUUUUGGAAUUUUUAUCUGUCAUCAACUAUGAGCAAGUAAAAUGCAUGCAGACUCUACAAGUAAUUUGCAUUGUUUGAAAUUUUCACAAUGAGAUUAAUUAACAUUAUUGUCCCUGCAAGAGACUUAUCACUCUGAAAGCUGUCGACAUUGAAGAACGAAUUUGUUCUUUCUUCACUGCAUACAAUUGUGAAAUCAAACUCUCAUUCAUAUAGAAAGUGAUUUUUAGGGUCUAGUUUCUCAAUUAGGAAUCAUGUUUGGGAUAAUUUUGAGUAUGUUCUUAUGGAUAUUUAUUGAAUCUGAUUAACCACGAAGGCAGUUUUUAGGUGUCACCUUGGAAUGUUAUUCAGUAUAUUGCACGAGCUUAUAGCAGACUACAUGAGUUUUUGUUUGGUAAUAUCAUUGAGCUUCUUCAAAUCAA